UAUGGAAACCCACCAGUUCUUGCUAAUUACACCCCACCUUCACAUUGCUUAUAUUCAAAAUUCUCCAAAAUUGUUCUUGAAUGGAAAGCAACAUGUGAAGGAAGACAAUUUGAUCGAAUUUUUGGUGUUUGGCUUGAUGGUGUUGAGUUACUCAGAAGCUGUACUGCAGAACCAAGACAAAAUGGGAUUGUUUGGAGUGUUGAAAAAGACAUUACAAGAUUUGAUCUUGCCCAUUUCAAGGAAUCUUCCAUUCAAUGAUGGGUUCUGGUUUGAAAUUCAAAAUUCAACUGAUGUGGGUUUGAAGGAAUUUGUGGUUCCUCAAAAUGCUUAUAGGGCUGUUUUAGAAGUGUAUGUUUCUUUUCAUGAGAAUGAUGAGUUUUGGUAUACUAAUCCUCCAAAUGAAUAUCUUGUUGCAAAUAAUAUUACUGAUAGUACCCCUGGAAAUGGACCCUUUAGAGAGGUUGUAGUUACUCUUGAUGACAAAGUUGUUGGUUCGGUUUGGCCUUUUACUGUUAUUUAUACUGGAGGGGUUAAUCCUCUCUUGUGGAGACCGAUUACUGGGAUCGGCUCAUUUGAUCUUCCUUCUUAUGAUAUUGAAAUUACACCUUUUUUGGGGACAAUAUUGGAUGGAAAGAAACAUUUGUUUGGGUUUAGUGUGACAAAUGCAUUGAAUGUUUGGUAUAUUGAUGCAAAUUUACAUCUUUGGUUGGAUACAAAGAGCAGUAGAACAGAAGGAAAGCUUGUGAAUCACGUUGACAAACCUUUGGUUGAAUCUCUAGUAGCUGACUUUAAUGGUUUAAACGGAACUUUCUUGACAAGUGCAAAGAAGUCCAUUUUGGCUACUGGAUGGGUUAGAUCCUCCUUUGGUAAUAUCACAACAAGUUUUGUUCAAGAUUUUGAUUACAACAGUUCAAUGGUAAUCGGGAAGAAUGGGGGCAAACAAGCUGUGAAUCAAGUCAUAUCUUUCAACAACACUGUUCGGGCUAAAUUUCCAUCGUCCUAUCCAGACUUGGUCGACGACACACACAGAAAUUUUUCCCUUUACUUGGACUCAGAUGAACUAGAACAAGAUAAUGACACUUAUUUAGCUGUUUCAAAUUUUACAUUAGGAUUUUAUGAGAAUAAGUCUAAGAGCGAGGAUUCUGGAAUUUCAAAUAGCUUUCUAAAAAAUGUGCAGGACGGCCAGGGUACAAUGGUUGUUAAAAAGAAUUUGGUUGUUAGUGGAGUGGGGGAAACACAACAAGAUUACAGAUAUACAAGCAACGAACUUUGCUACUCUAGGAAAAUUGGCAGCUCAAAUUACACAAUUCUCUAUGAUAAAGUUAAAGAUACAUGCAACAAAAGAAGUCACUCUCGUUUUGGUAAUUUUAUCAAAAAGUUUCCCAUUAUGCUCUAGAGUGAGUCCCUUUCUAGCUUCAAUCAUGGAGAUUAUUUCUGCAGUGGCUGUGUCAAGUUCUUUUCAUUUCACGUUACAUAUGGAAACACACAACUCUUUCGAAUUGCCUUCUCUCUAUUGUUGUUGUUUUGUGUGGUUUCUUUGUAUGUGUGUUAUGAUUUGAAGUUUAUUGUGUUUAUUUGUUUGCGUUUGAACUUAAUGAACAUUGUGGAAUAUGAAUGUCUGUUUUUAGUAUUAAUCCAAUGAUGAGAUUUCUGUUUUCUAGAAUAUGAAUUUAUGUUAAUUGUGAGAAAGUAUGGAAUUGACACCACUUAA